AAAGACCGAAAUAUCGAUUUUUAGGCCCCUACGCGGCGGUUCGAUGCUCAUAUCUGCCCCGUGUCCCGUAUCCGCGCGAAGCGCCUUUCAAAACACCAACGACGCGUGCGAGACACACUGUGUGUGGUGCCGCAAAUCUCAUCGAGGAUUAUCGUGGAAAUUAAAAUACGCGAGAAAGAAGCCGAGUGACGCGUAGCGAAGUUCUGGUCGAUGUCGUCAGAAAAAAUGGCCAUCGCUGCUUCGGAGAAUUAUCAACUUAAGUGGCACAGCUAUGGCGCGCAUCUGCACAGCUCUGUCGCGACGUUACUUCAUUCAGAAUCCUUCGCAGAUGUCUUGUUAGCAACAUCCUGCGGCCGGCACGUGGCGGCUCAUCGAUUUGUCCUUGCCGCUUGCUCGUCGUACCUAAGUCAUAUUUUUCAAACAUGCCAUUUCGGGGCAAAUACAAACGCUCCGAUAAUUGUCGUACUACCAACAGAAAUUGGUUACCGAACGUUAAAAAUUCUUAUUCAAUAUAUGUACAGCGGAGAGGCAACUGUGACGAAUGAUCAGCUAGAGGGUGUUCUAAAAGCGGGUGAUAUAUUGCGUGUUCGCGGUUUAUGGAGAUCCAAUACCGGAAGUAAAAAAGAGAAUAUACAGUCGAAUAAUCAGAAGGUUGAUCGAGACAAACGGGAACAGCCACCUUUGACCGGUCAAAUUCAAAAGAUCAAACUAGUGCAACCGGCGACGGAGAAGAUCGUCGAGAAUGUACAACAAAGUACACCGGUACAAAACAACGUUCAACCUCAGAAACCUACCUCAGAUAGAAAGAGUAUCGAGAAGACCGAGGAGAAAAUUAGCGAGCCAGAAACUAAAAAGGUGUUGGAAGAGAAUAAGAACAAUGAACAAAAUAAGAAUAAAGAGAAUCUGGAGGCUAACGGGAAGAAAAGAAAAACCACCAACAGCGACGUGGAAUCGAAUAAAUCUAAAAGCGAGGAUGGUGAAAACACUGAGUUAAAUUUGGAGCUUCUGGUGAAAGACGAGCCAAUAUGGGAAGAAACUAUCGACCCAUCAGAAUCACUGACGAUAGACCACGAGAUUGAUAUCAAACCGGAAAUCGUACACAGUGCAGACGAAGAAGAAGAAUAUACACCAUUAACGUGCGAUAUGUGUAGUCAAACAUUUAAUCGACCAUCAGAUUGGGUGAGACAUAUUGAAUUUACACACGCCGAUAUGACCGAAAAUCGAAGAAAAAAGAGGAAGGGUGAUGUAGAUGACGAUAGCAAAGAUUUUCCACCCUUAAAAUGUGAUCUCUGUGGUAAUAUGUAUUCGACACCUCAAGAAUGGGUUCGUCAUAUACAAACGGAACAUACGGAAGAGCAAUUAGCUUUAAUGAAUAACUCUGCACCUCCAAAGCCAAAAAGGGUUCACAGUCAUCAAAAAUUGUGUAACAUUUGUCAAAAGGAAUUUCCAAGCCAUGCAUCGAUGGUGAUUCACCAAAGAACGCAUACAGGGGAAAAGCCUUUUCUUUGUUCCUAUUGUAAAAAAGGCUUUAACGUAAAAAGUAAUUUACUAAGGCAUCUAAGGAUGCAUGACAAGUAUGUACAUCCUAGCUUAUAUGGGAGUAAUGGUAACACUAAUGCUUAAGUCCCUUUAAUUUUCAGUUGUAUAUGUUCCUUUUUUUUUUCUUGUUGAUAUCUCAUUUGCAAAGUAAACGUCACGGAACAUCUUAUACUUUUAGAAUUAUGUUUACAGACUGAAGGAGUAGUAUAUGCAUCGAUAAUCUUGCAUAAACAUGUCAAAUUGGUCCAAACAAUUAGACACUACCGAUGUUCGUGGCAUCUUCUUUGAAAAUGAGCAGGUAUUAAGUGCUUAAUACGUUUCAUUAAAUUCGAAUGAAUAAUUUCAAUAUUCUCUAUUUGUAUUAAAUUGUGUAUUUAUAUGUAUCGGUAUGAAUACGUAUUCAUCAUUUUAUUAUGUGGAUAAAUAAUUGUUUUAUUUUCAAAAUGCGAUAAAUAUUUUGUUAAACACAAAAGCAAUAUCAGGGCUUUAAACCAAAGAGGCUGAUCACUAUUGCCAAAGUGUAUUGUUUCGUUGCGACUUUGAUUCGUUCUUUAUAAACAUAGAACAGAAUACAAAAAAAAAGUAUUUAUUUAAUUAAAAUAUUGAUUUAAGCGUGUAAGAAUAAGAAAUGACGAUAUACAGGUCUUCGCAUAUGUGCGUGUAAAAUAAUUCAUAGGAUAAAUCAACAUCUAUUGAUUAAUAUUUAAUUACUUAGUAACUAUACGAGAUCCAAAUUAUGUAAGAUUAACUGUAUACUUCUAGGCUAUUCCAUCCAAGGUAGCCCUCUUAUUCCCUCAGCUCGUAAGCUAAUUAUGUAUUU